AUGCCUUCGCAAAGGCAGUUGCGCACCCUCCUUGUGGGUGUGUUGAUUGGUGUCGUUUUCGUCUUGUUCUACACAUCUUCCCUGCGAGCGAACGAAGUCAAAGACGAGCGGACCAUUCAAGAUUUCUACCACAAGACAGUCAAUGGGUUGAAACAUAAACAACCGCCGGGCCAAGCGGUGCUGGAAGGGAAUAAGCCCAAGGCAGCUGGCCACGUGCCUGUUGACAAAGAUGCCGAUGGCGACGUUGACGCCGACGACGAGAAGCUUGCCAAGGAUAUGCAAGGACGCCUGAAGGCCGCCGAAGACAAGGCCAAGGAACUUGCCAACAAGAAAUCACCACUGAAGCCUGAUGCGCCUAGCGAUGUCGUCGGAAAGGGCAACUCUGCCGCUGGACAAAAGAAGAAGGAAAAGACGGCCAACGGUAAAGAAGUUAUCGAAAGUGACGAGGAGGAGAAGAAGGACGAGAGCGAUGAGGAACAUGCUGUCGAGGUUGAGUUGAACACCAUCUUGAAGAAGUCACCAGUCAUCAUCUUUUCCAAGUCUUACUGCCCGUACUCGAAGAAGGCCAAGGCAUUAUUGCUCGAAAAGUACUCGAUCGAACCUACACCAUACGUUGUCGAACUGGAUAAGCAUCCUCUUGGUCCUCAGCUGCAGGCCUUCCUCGGCGAGAAGACUGGCCGGAAGACAGUUCCCAACAUCUUGGUAAAUAGUGUGAGCAUAGGUGGAGGCGACGAUAUCAUCGAGCUUGACAGCCAGAAGAAGUUGGUGCCCAGGAUCAUUGACCUUGGGCAGAAGAAGGUGGAGAUGAAGGAACGGUCUGCCAACAGCCAGAAGAACAACUAG